CACUGCCCAUUCCCACAUUUUCAACCCUCUCACCAAGCUCUCCCUGAGACGCCGUGUGCUUCUCUGCAGGGCUCCAAAAACAGGCCAAUGUUGACAUCUUCUAAGCCCAAACUACACAUCUGAUCCUAAGACUUCACCACACACGAUCUCCUCUGCUUGAGAGAGUCAGCUGGGCCUGCUUCUGGAGAUCUGUCUCCAUGCCUUUCUAUUAUUUUAAAAUUGUUCAUUUAUCUGAGGAUAUAAGUCAGCCUGCUGCACCUAUCAAGUAUGGAACUGCAGAAGCUAUCAAAUGGUAAUCACCAACAUGAAGUUGAUGCGCUGGUGGAGGGAGGAAUGCCACCAGAGGAAGAGAAGUUCCUGCCGCACAAGAGUGAUGGGUCAAAGAGACCUGAGUUCACAGAUUUUGAGGGUAAAACCUCAUUUGGGAUGUCUGUCUUCAACCUGAGCAACGCUAUAAUGGGCAGCGGCAUUCUGGGUCUGUCAUAUGCCAUGUCAAACACAGGCGUUAUCCUUUUCCUGGUUCUGUUGACAUGUAUAGCCUGUCUGUCGUGUUACUCUGUCCAUCUGCUGCUGCGCAGUGCUGGAGUUGUAGGUAUUCGUGCCUAUGAGCAGCUGGGCCUGAGAGCUUUUGGCCACACAGGGAAGAUCCUUGCAGCUGUCAUUAUAACGCUACAUAACAUUGGAGCCAUGUCCAGCUACCUGUUCAUUGUGAAAUCUGAGUUACCAUUGGUCAUCCAAGCCUUUCUUGGUCAGACAUCCAGCUCUGAUGAUUGGUUCAUGAAUGGAAACUACCUCAUUAUCAUCGUCACUGCCUGCAUCAUCCUUCCACUGGCCCUGAUGAAACACCUGGGAUAUCUUGGUUACACCAGUGGCUUCUCUCUCUCCUGCAUGGUCUUCUUCCUCACUUCGGUCAUCUACAAAAGGUUCAACAUUGCUUGUCCUCUGGAAGUGUUUGGCAACCACACUGUGAGCCCAGUAGUCCCAGAGGACUCAUGCACUGCCAAAUUCUUCACCAUCAACCAAGAGACAGCUUAUGCCAUUCCCAUCCUGGCAUUUGCUUUUGUCUGUCACCCUGAAGUGCUUCCCAUCUACACUGAACUGAGCAACCCAACCAAAAGAAGAAUGCAGAAUAUUGGCAAUGUUUCCAUCCUUGGCAUGUUCAUCAUGUAUUUCUUCACUGCCAUAUUCGGCUAUCUGACCUUCUACGGGAACACUGAAGCAGAGCUCCUCCACACCUACAGUAAGGUGGAUCCGCUGGACACUCUGAUCCUCUGUGUGCGACUGGCUGUCCUAGUGGCUGUCACACUGACUGUACCUGUGGUCCUGUUCCCUAUCCGCCGAGCUCUCUUGCAGCUGCUGUUCCCAGGGAAGCCCUUCCACUGGCUCCAUCACAUUGCCAUCGCUGUGUGUCUGCUUAUUGCUGUCAACCUGCUGGUCAUUCUAGUCCCCAACAUUCGAGACAUCUUUGGCAUUACUGGGGCAACCACUGCUCCCAGUUUGAUCUUCAUCCUUCCCGGACUCUUCUACAUUCGCAUCAUCCCCACCAGCCUUGAGCCAAUUAACUCCAGACCAAAGAUCCAGGCCGUGUGUUUCACAGCAUUGGGUUUUAUAUUCAUGACCAUGAGCCUGACGUUCAUUGUGCUUGAUUGGACGAGCGGGGAAAAACGAAGUCUUGGUGGACAUUAAAGUGCAUCCUCCCAACCCCACAGCAGUAGCAGCCCCCCAUGGUACCCCUGCUCCAGUCCUCCAGAUGGAAAGCAUGAUUCAACUUACUGCUGGAAGGCUAGGCCACUGCUCAGACUGUUUAUUAAUCAAAAGAAGGACAAUCUGUUCCUACAGACUGUUGAGAGGCCAGUUGUGUCUCGUCACUCAACCAGGUUGACAUGUACCACUAGGUGGUGAUUCUCUGUUCUACCAGAAGAGCUGAUGAAUAUGUUGACCAUGCAAGCAACUCAAAUACUAAAACUACUGCCAUCACAGUGGCUAAAUGUGGUGUCUAUUAGCAGCAAUAUUAGAAGCAAAUUGGGCAAAUGUCUAAAUGCAAAAACAUGUUUAAUUAUCAGCAAGGUUUGGUAUUUGGUAGCAGCUUUGCUUUAUAACAAUGCCAUUCAAGACAGAUCCCAUCAUAGCAUUUAACAUUUUAGUCCAAUUAUGUCUGCUCAUCAGAAGGACAUACAGAAUGAGAAAACCGAAAAAAUGUUAUCACAUAAUUCACUUCAAAUGAUGUGACUCUGCAAAGCAGUGUUGGACUGACUGAAACUGGAGGAAAAAAGGUGUCUUCCAUCAGCCAAAAUAUGGCAUUUAAGAUUAUACAACUGUGAACCAAUUAAUUUGACAUCAUUAAUUUGUGAAUUUGUUCUGGACAACAUGUGGAUAUUGUUUAAUAAAAAUUCACAAAGGAUGAAA